AUGGCUUCUGAAGCGAGCUUAGAAUCAACUUUGAACAGGUCAGGGGAAAACCAAGAUCCGGCCAUGUCGUCCCCAGAUGAGAAAAAGCAAGAGAGUAAGACGGAGGAUAUAGAGUCUGCUGAAGAUGAUACGCGUGUAUAUCCUCAGGGAUACAAGUUGGGGUUCAUCUGUCUAGGACUCUGUAUUACCGUCUUUCUCGUGGCUCUUGAUAACACGAUCAUCGCCACCGCCAUCCCAAAAAUAACCGACGAAUUCCAUUCUCUUGAUGAUGUUGGAUGGUAUGGAAGCGCUUACCUGCUUACCACGGCCGCCUUCACACUCCUGUUCGGAAGACUGUACUCUAUUUUCCCCUUGAAAAUUGUCUACCUAGCUGCCAUCGCCCUCUUUGAGCUUGGAUCUCUCGUAUGUGGUGUUGCACCCUCAAGCGUUGCCCUCAUCAUUGGGCGAGCCAUAGCAGGUCUUGGCUCAGCUGGAAUCUUCUCGGGUGCUCUCCUCAUCAUCGCCAAUUCGGCACCACUGCACAAACGUCCUGCAUACACUGGAAUGAUGAGUGCAAUGUAUGGUGUUGCGUCCGUGGCAGGACCCCUACUUGGGGGUGCUUUCACUGAUAAUGUGACUUGGAGAUGGUGUUUCUAUAUUAAUCUUCCUAUUGGAGCCGUGGCCGUCAUCUUCAUCGUGUUCCUUUUUGAGUCGCCGCCACUGCCAGCUAAUGUUCGAGCAUCGCGAACCUGGUUCGGAGUAGCUAAGCAGCUUGACGUCUUUGGCACCUUCUUCUUUAUCCCAUCCAUCAUCUGUCUUCUUCUCGCCCUCCAAUUUGGUGGUUCGACUUAUGCCUGGUCAGACGGAAGAAUCAUCACUUAUUUCGUCGUAUUUGGCGUUUGCCUGCUGAUCUUCAUCGGAAUCCAAGUUUACUUUCCCGAAACCGCCUCAAUCAGUCCGAAACUCGUCCGGAAUCGUUCAGUCUUAGCUGGAGCCUGGUUUUCAUUCUGCAUGGGAGGAUCUUUUUUCACGCUGCUUUACUACCUCCCAAUCUGGUUCCAAGCUGUGAAGGGAGCUACUGCCCUCCGUUCAGGCAUCAUGAACAUCCCGCUUGUGCUAUCAGUGGUCGUUGGCGCAAUUUCGUCAGGCGGGUUAGUGACUGUUAUCGGACAUUACGUUCCCUUCAUGAUAGCUUCAACUGUCCUCAUGUCUGUAGGCGAGGGUUUACUUACCACUUUCCAACCUAACACUGGUCACUCGAAAUGGAUCGGAUACCAAGUCAUUUGCGGCCUCGGUAUCGGCUUUGGCAUGCAACAACCUUUGAUUGCGGUUCAGGUCGUUCUACCCAUGGAACUGGUUCCAGCUGGUACAGCUCUCUUGGUUUUCUGCCAGACCUUGGGCGCUUCUAUUUUCGUCUCUGUCGCGCAGAAUCAAUUCCAGAACAAGCUUAUUCGCGAUCUCCAUCGUUUUGCGCCGAGUCUCGAUCCUCGUGUGGUCAUCAACGCAGGCGCUACCAAUCUCAGUGCAAUUGUUUCGGCCAAUGUUCUGCCCUUCGUCGUUCGCGCAUACAACGGUGCGUUGACUGAGACAUUCCUUGUUGCGUUGAUUGUUGCUUGCUUGACUCUGCUUGGCGCAUUAGCUAUCGAGUGGAAGAGUGUCAAGGGAAAGCAGAUUGGUUAA